UGCUGGAAAGCGCCAAGCCGGCGGCGGGCGAAGGGCACGAGCCGGGCCCUGAGGAACUCAGCACGCGCCGCCGCGUCACGCGCGGUCUCGGCGCCGCAAGCCGCGCACAUAAAGGACCAUUCCCAGUCAUUUUAUCCACUACAAAGGCAGUGCAGUGCAGUUGGCAGGACUAGACUCCUGGAUUCGCCAUUCAAGGAUAAAGCACUGGAACCCUCCAACAAAGGAAGUCCCACUGGACAUUGGAACAGCAGACACCGAGCCUGACAGCUCCAGACUAUGCUUUCUCAUGUGCUUACUCUUCAGGAAGCAGACUCCUACUUCUCCAGAUAAGUGAUGCCCUGACUUUUUUGGGCCUUUGUUGUCUUUUGAACAGUUAUGAUAAUUAUUUUUGGUGUGGUACUAUAUUCUGUAGACCCCUCUGACUGAACUAUCCCAGAGAUACUGCUUUACUUCUCUUUCUAGUCUGUAUCCGCUCUGUUUUGGGGUUUCUUCUACAUCUGAACCUUCAACAAGCUCCUCUUCAAAAAGGCUGUGCCCAGUUCAGCCAAGUAACUAUGUUCCUUACAUUCCUUUCUCUAGUUUCACUUUUCCCCUCUAUGUGGGGUAUCUGGGAGAAGAAUUCCUUCCUCUCUAUCUCUCAGGCCAUGGCUGGAAAGAACUCCCCCCUAAAAAACUGUUGGGUCUGCUAUGAAAGGCCCAGUGCUGGCAAAAUUCCCGACUGGCUUAUCAUCAAUUUCACUGACCCUUUCAUGGCUCGUUCACUCCCCCUUACUGGGAAGCCUUUAAAUUUUACUGCACCUCUAAUUCACUUAACAGGGAUAACUUCCUUGCCUCAUGACAGUCCCCUUACGUUGGUGGAUGUCUCUGAGUAUUUGUGGAAUACUAAUAUAGACCCUGGGUUCAAUGUGUCAAGGGACCCCUCCUGCUCAACUCCCUACAGAACACAUCGCCCAAACAGCAGUAAUACCACAGGCAUUCCUUGUUCUCCUGGUGACACUGUCACCUGUCAUUGUAAUGGCAUCAAGGAGACAUAUGUUUGUACUGAACGCCAUGAUUUCCAACCUAGCAAUUGUACCAUCAUUGGGCAAAAUGUCUCUGAACCCUACUGCACUAUUGUGCGCAACCAGACCUGCAAUUAUACCCAAACCCAGAUCGCUAGGAGUCGAUUUAAUAAUUAUAUACAGAACCUCCCCUGCAAGUCCUGCCUUAGAAGUCUUUAUAGGACAAGCACCCUGGGUGUCCCUGGGAAUCUUUCAGCUGAUCCUAAUCUAUAUCCCUCCAACUUCACUACAGUGAAGCUCCUCUGUCUCCCCCCGGGUUACCUGUUCAUUGGAGUAACUCUCAAUGGCACCAGAUCUGAAGCUUUUGGCCUGCAGUGCUUACAUCCCUACAAGACUAGGGGUAACUGGGCCAUUGGACAGUUAGUUCCUAAUGACAAACAGGUUACCUUCUGGAAUAAUUCUAUCCUUCAAACUAUGGAGUUUUCCCAACGAACUGGGGCUUCUAGUCACAGGAAUAAACGGGAACCUGUAGCCUUAAUAGCCAGCCUGGCAGGACUAUCCCAUGGUGUAGCGUCCAAUACCAUGACUGCCACCAGUUUAACUCAUACAGUGGGACAUGUGGCAGUGGAAACUGGGCUCCACCUUACAGAUAUGCAAAAAUCUCAUGACUCCUUACCAAAGACGGGCUUGGCCCACCGUCUGGCCCUUGACUUUGAAUUAGCUGAGCAAGGUGGAGUCUGUGCCCUAGCCAGCACUUCUUGCUGCACUUACAUAAAUACCUCAGGAGCAGUGGAGGAACGUGCCAACCGCAUUUUAGAUCAAGCCAAGUGGCUCAAAGAACAGUCCCAGAACUCUGAGGUCACUAGCCAAGUAUUGAUAUGGUUGCUUCCCAUUUUGAUUGUCAUAGCCACCAUCUCAUUCUUACUCAUCUUUAGGCACUAUUUCUUUAACCUUCUAGUAAAGUUUGUUUCCUGUUGUUCAGAACCCAGAUGAUUGUACGUUCAGAGCCGCCAUUCCACUAAAGCCUCUGCAUCAGCCUAAAUUCCCCUCGGAGGAACCCUGGCUGGCUGACUAAUCUGCGCCCCCACCCAGCAGGAAGCAGUCAGAACGGUCAUCGCCCCUGAUCCCUAAUGGCAGUUAGGGUGCCAUCCGAGAGUGGGGAAUAAGGGACAGAUGGUAGGAUACAGGCAGUAAGGGAAAGAUGGUGGAGUCCACAUGGCACUGGUGAUGCAGAGGCUUCUUCUUCCCAACAUGCUCCAGGUCUGGGGAUACCCCUGCACUUCUGUAAUCCUGUAAUGCUCACAGGUGGGGGAUCCAGUCACAUAAAGGGAAAGACCUUGUGGACAGAGGGUGAUGGAAAUCCGGGCACAUUGAAAUGGAGAGAAUAUCCCACGCCCACCUGGUGGGGUGGGAAAGAGAGGAUCUUCAAGGGGAAAUGUUGGAGGAUGUCAGUGGACUACGGAUUUCUGGAUCCCCUUCUCCUUGGAGAAGUUCCUUGCUUUACUUUCACUUUCUGUUUCCCCAAUAAAUCUUUGCUAAAUUCUCUCACGAUUUUCCUGUCUUUUAAUUUUUUGUCCAGUGAAGAAAAAGAACCCAUAUCCCUAGAUGAUCUGUCAAUCCUUGUCCCACCUGGUGACUUGUGAGAGUGGUGUGAGGAGCUGUGCCACAGCCCAGGUAACACUGCAGUGUUCGAUUGGACUUGGCAGACUGAACCAGCUGGCUGACAGUGUCCCAGACUGGGUCAGACAGGUGCUCUCUGUCAUUCAACUUGUGGCUUCCAGGAGCCCUCUGGCUCAAUUCAGGGACAUCACUCACAGGUAGUCCUGUGGAGGCAUUGGAAGGAUGGUGACAUAUUUGGUCAAAAGCAUGGUUUUGAGGAGCAUUUGAACAUUUCCACAUGCAUUUGAACAUUUCAUUGCUUUGUCGUGACAUAAUUAGGUGCAAAAAACAGUUUGUA